AUGGCCGCGGCCGCCACGGCCGAGCGCGGCCGCCCGCCGCCCGCCGCGCCCGGGACCGAGGGCCUGCCGCGCGCCUUCCUGCAGAGCCUCCGCACGCUCUUCGACAUCCUGGACGACCGGCGGCGCGGCUGCGUGCACCUGCGCGAGAUCGAGUCCCGCUGGCGGGGCGCCGACGCGCGCGAGCUGCCCCGCGGCGUGCUGGAGGGGCUGCGCCGCGAGGCCCCGGCCAGCGGCCUGCUCACCUUCGAGCGCUUCGUGGCCGGCCUGCGCACCUCGCUGCUGCCCGCCGAGGCCGGGCGGCCCGGGGCCCCGCCGCCGCCGCCGCCGCCGCCGCGCACCGGCCCGGAGCGGAAGCCGCAGCCCGCGAGCGCGCGUCCCCCGCCCGCGGGCCCGGGCGGCCCGGCCGGGCGGGAGCGGAGCCCGGGCGCCGACGCCGGCGCAGAGGUCCACAGGGCCCUGGGGGCAGGUGUGGGGGAUGCGCGGCGGGCCCCGAGGGCCCGAGGUGAGCGGCGGAGGCACACCAUCACCAGUGGCGUGGACUGUGACCUGCUGAAGCAGAUGAAAGAGCUGGAGCGGGAGCAGGAGGUGCUCCUGCAGGGUCUGGAGAUGAUGGUGCGGGGCCGGGACUGGUACCAGCAGCAGCUGCAGCGCGUGCGGGAGCGCCAGCACCGCCUGAGCCGGGGCAGAGCCGGGGACGACCUGGGGGCUGCGGGGAGUCCCCGCCCGCUGGGGCAGCUGCUUCCCAAAGUACAAGAGGUGGCCCGCUGCCUGGGGGAGCUGCUGGCGGCCGCCUGUGCCGGCCGGGCGGCACCCUCUUCCUCAGGGGCCCUGUGCUCCCCUCCGGCCCCCAGCCCACCUUUGGCCCCAAGCUGGCAGCAGCAGACCAUCCUCAUGCUGAAGGAGCAGAACCGGCUCCUUACCCAGGAGGUGACAGACAAGAGUGAGCGCAUCACCCAGCUGGAGCAGGAGAAGUCUGCCCUCAUCAAGCAGCUCUUCGAGGCCCGGGCUCUCAGCCAGCUGGAUGCUGGUCCUCUGGACUCCACCUUCAUCUAGCUGGACGUGUCUCACUGGGAUGCGUGAAGGUCACCGCUGGCCUGGACACCGGCCAUGAGUGGGCGCCUCGGUCCACCCAUGGCCAGCCUGUUUUGGCCUGAGGUGCUGGUCUCGGUGGGACUGUGUUGCUCCAGCACAACUUGAAGCUGCUACUGCCACCUAGUGGACAGCGGGGCCCACCUCGUGUUUACCAGUCCUCAGGUGGGAGGGGCAUGUUUACAGCUCUCCUGUCCCCUCUUUCUGACCAGGCCCCUGGUCCCUAGUAAAAGCACUGAUCACA